UGUGUCCCUCCGCCGGGUGAGGCGGCUCCUGUCAGGGCUGGGGGUCCCAAGCCGCUCCGCUCCCCUCUACCUCAGCCGGGCUGCGGAAGGGUGCUGCCCCCCGCUUCCCUCCGCGCCGCGGAGAGCUGUGGUAGAGCCGGGAGGCCUCAGCCGGCGCCUCGUCCCCGGGACACGCCUGGCCUUCCAGUACCUGGCUCCCGGUGUCCCUUCCCAGCGCCUCGGGCAGAGGCCGCGAUGGAGCGGCUGCGUGUGAGUGGGGGGUACGGAGUGGCUUGGAGUCCUUCCAGUCACAGGUCGCCACGAUCAUGAUAUAUUUCAAUAAUUCGCUCUGGUGCUGUAUCAGGAAAUGGAUUGGGACCAGUUUGACUUGAACCCCAAAGUAAUUGCUGCCCUUAAGAAAGCUGACAUAAAAUCAGUAAAAGAGAUUUUAAAUCUUUCCGGAGCAGACUUGCAAAGAUUGAUGAAACUGUCCAGUGCAGAUACACAAUGCUUGCUGAAAACAGUCUCUCACAUGCUGAGGAGAAAUAGUAUGCUCACAGCACUUCAGCUCUACCAAGAUAAAGAUCACCUCACCUCCCAACACCAGAAGCUGAGCCUGGGAUGUUCAGUACUGGAUGGCUUGUUAAAAGGUGGCAUUCCUUUAGUGGGAAUCACCGAACUCGCUGGGGAAAGUUCUGCUGGGAAGACUCAGAUUGGUUUACAGCUGUGCCUCUGUGUGCAGUAUCCUUACAAAUACGGUGGAUUAGAGUCUGGAGCUGUCUACAUUUGCACAGAAGAUGUGUUCCCGAGUAAACGUCUGCAGCAACUCAUAGACCAACAGCCCACGCUGCGGGCAGACGUUCCGGCUGAAAUCAUACAGAAGAUCAAAUUUGGAAACAGGAUUUUUGUUGAGCAUGCGGCAGACCUAGAUACCUUCCACAACUGCAUCACGAGAAGGAUUUCCCUGCUGCUGGCCAGGGGCAUGGUGCGCCUGGUGCUCGUGGACUCCAUUGCUGCUUUGUUUCGAUGCGAAUUUGGCGCUUCGGAUUCUGUUACCAAGGCCCGGUAUUUGCAGACAUUUGGAGCACAGCUUCACAGUUUAAGCACGAGAUUCAGGACUCCAAUAAUGUGCAUUAAUCAGGUGACGGAUGCAGUGAGCGAGUCAGAAGCUGCUCAGUGUGGCUGUAGCACGGGGGACAACAGAGUCUCUCCAGCCCUUGGAAUAACCUGGGCAAACCAACUGCUCAUGAGACUGAUGGUCGGCCGGGUCCCACAGCCCCACCAGCCAGCUGGAGCUGCAUCACACCACGCUGGAAGCCUGAGGACUUUAAGAGUCGUUUUUGCUCCUCAUCUCCCUCCAUCUUUUUGCUACUAUACAGUCAAACUGGAAGGUGUAAAAGGAAUAAAAUAAAUCCUCUGUAUAGAAAAGCAUCCUGCUCCAAAAAUGCAUCCGAACUACUCGCUUAGAAUUUUUACUAGAAUUACUAAUAAAAGGAAAUUGUUCCUAAAUGAGACAAAUGGAUGUUGAAAUACAUGAAGGGUGAUAAGACACUGCAUUAAGCCUUCUCUACGUCAUGAAAGAAGAUCAUCUUAUACUUGGCUGUAUGUUCAUCAGCUUUCCCUCAUGAGGCUGCCAUCCCCUUGGUCUCUUUGCCCAUCUCUGGAGCUGAUAACCAGGUAGUUUCAGAGGAAGGGCUCUGGCUGUGAUCAUCCCGCUGCUCCGCUGGGCUCUGAGUCCUGCUGGCUCUGGACUCUUGAUCAGCCCCUGGAACGUUCCCUCGAGUAUCUUCUGUCCUUGUGUCCUUUCUGCUGAGCUCUUACCUACGCUCUGCUUCCCAGGGGCACCUUGACCUGUUUUCGCCCAUCCGUGGAGCUAUUACUCUUAUGUUUUUGUUAUUAAAGCUUUACAUGUUUUCUUGCCAUCUUUGUGCUUAUUCAGCACAUCUUUUCUUGUUGUCCUUAGACUCCUGCUAGGACGUCUGCUUUUUUUGCUGCAUUCAGUGGGAAAGAGCCAGGUAAAGUUACUCAGGCACAUUUUCCAAAGGCCCUAGACCUUAUUUGGCCUCUGAGCAGUGUCCGAUACUCACUUGUAUCACGUACUUGUUAAGCUUUCAGAUUUUCCCCUUCUACCUGCUCCCUCAGGUUGCACAAACAAGAAGUCUACAGUCUUAUGUUAUUUUUGUGUAGUUACACUGCUCAGUUCUGUGCUAUGGCAAAGGAGAACCUUUUGUUCUCCACAGAAUGUCUCCAUGUCUCUCUAAACAGUAAAAUCUCUUCCCUAAGUACAGUUUCAGAGGAACGAGGAUCAUCUGGUAAGAGGCAAGUCCAGACAGACUCCUUUUGUGUUCUUUGGGCACGCUCUAUUAGUGACUGAGCCACCUUCUCUGCCUGGCCCCUGGUCACACCCUCCAAGGCCACAGCACCAGCUUCUGUUGUGGACACCCAUGGCCAGGGAGCAGAAAGGAGCAGCUUUGUCCAGCUGGAAGCUCACUGGCAGGAGACCUCUCUGAGGACAAUUAAGCAUGACGCAAGGAGAAGAGACCCAGGGAGACAGGGCCUACGCCUGCCUCAGGGAUGUUCUUGAGGAGAACAGGAACUGUCACGCCUUGGAGCUGAAGGAAGGGAACUCCAGGCGAGCAGAAAGGAGGGUGAGUUGCUUGCAGUGCCUUCUGCCAUCCCUUCAACCACCCAAGGGGACCUUGUGCAAACAGCGUAAGAAAUUGUCUCGUAAAUCUUUUCUAAAAUGUCUUAAUUCUCUGUCUUUGAAAGUGACCGUGCUCUCUGGGGUCUUGGUUGGUUGGUUUUAAUAAAGGGCAGUGAUGGAACGUA